UAAAUCAUUAAUGAAAUCAUUUGAGACAUCUGUUAAAUACAAUAAUUUUUAUAAUUUAUUAAAUGUGAUGGAUAAAAGACAUUUGCAUAAAUUUGCUCAGCCACAAUUUAUAAAUGAGCUUAAAGAAUUAGCAAAAAAUAUCAUCGGAAAUCUACAGAAAACGAAAAAACAAGCAAUGGAAAAUGUAAAAAAUUUGGGAAGAAAAGCAAAAAGUGUGAUUGCUAAGGUAAUACUACGUAAACAAACAAAAGAAGUAAUACAACAGAAAGAUCAGCAAGAUCAGCAAGAUCAGCAAGAUGAUCACGACGAAGUUAAAACUGAAGAGAAAAAUUUGGAUGAAUAUGAUGGAAAUAUGACGAUGCCUGUUGUUGUUGCUAAUGCAUUGAAAAUGGAUAAAAUGAUGUCUGAAUUAACAACAAAGGUGAUUGAUUACCGAUUUUAUUAUACAUUGGUCUAUGAUUUACUUGAACGUAUCACAUUGGUGAAUCAAAUUAUUGAUAGAAUUCCAAAUGACGAAAAACCGAAUAAUGAACAUACCACCUAUUGUACGAUCUUAGUUCAGGAUACCAUUACUCGAAUUUUAAAAUAUUCACAAGAAGAUAAACAAGAAAAUGAUGAUAAAUAUGUCAAAUUUAAAAAGACAUUUAAAUUUGUGCGUGAUCAAGCAAUACAUCUGUUGGCAAGAGAUUAUUGCAAAAAUGAACAAUGUAAAGAUACUUCAUAA